UCACGUGUUUUUGUGUACAAGGAAGAAUACUCACAACCUCUGAUGCCACUUGUACAGAUUGACAAGCCUCCCUUUUUUUUUUAUCAAAUGCCUGUUUGCGCAAAAUAUACAUAUUAGCUCUUGAAAGUUUGGCUUGAAAGGAAGCUUUUUACAAAGACUUUAAGUGACGGCAGCGUCACCUUCUCCCGCGCUGCGCUGGUUCGGAUAGGUUUAGCCGCUUUAGCUGUAGCCAGUCACCAACCUGAGCACCUGGACACAGUCAUGCAAAUAUACAGGUGACGCAGCUGAGGAAUUUAAAAUCUCACAGCAGCGAGAAUGAGGUCCCUGAACUAUGUCCAGCGUGUCAGCUUGGAUUUCACAGGGACGUUGUUUCCUCAUGCAAUCUGCCUCGGGGAUGCAGACAAUGACUCGUUGAACGAGCUGGUCGUGGGUGACACCAGUGGGAAGCUGCUGGUGUACAAGAAUGAUGACUCCAAACCCUGGAUCACAAGGACCUGUGUGGGCAUGCUGACCUGUGUUGCAGUUGGAGAUGUCUGCAACAAAAGAAAGAACUUUGUGGUGGCAGUGGGUGCGGAGGGUUGGUUUCACCUCUUUGACCUGACAGCAGCCGCUGCAGGCAAGGCCGACUCCUCUAGUCAGCAUGAAGCGCUGUUCUCUGAUGACCAGAAGCCCUGCUUCACCCAGCACAUCCCCGCCAACACCAAAGUCAUUCUUAUUAGUGAUAUAGAUGGUGAUGGCCGCAGUGAGCUUGUGGUGGGCUACACAGACCGUGUGGUGCGAGCUUUCCGCUGGGAGGAGCCCUCUGACGCCACAGACCUGGGGUCUGGACAGCUGGUCCUGCUCAAAAAAUGGCUUCUGGAGGGUCAGGUAGACAGUCUGUCGGUGAAUCCAGGGCCAGAGGGUUUACCUGAGCUGAUGGUGUCCCAGCCAGGCUGUGGCUACGCUAUCCUGCUGUGCUCCUGGACACAGCAGGACUCUGCCGGCCCUGGCUCUGGCUCUGGGGAGGAGUCCCCUGCCACCCCUGGGAGUGAGGGGCCUUCCCGAGAUGUGAUUCUCCACCUGACCACUGGGCGGAUACACAACAAGAAUGUCUCCACCCAUCUCAUUGGCAGUAUAAGCAGAGGCUCAAAAGAUGAAUCCUCCAAAUGUGGACUGUUUGCCCUCUGCACUCUAGAUGGAACCCUGAAGUUGAUGGACAGCUCAGAGCAGCUGCUGUGGUCGGUCCAGGUGGAUCACCAGCUUUUCGUUCUGCAGAAACUGGAUGUCACCGGAGACGGCAGAGAGGAGGUGGUAGCGUGUGCCUGGGACGGUCAGACCUACAUCAUCGACCACAACCGGAUGGUGGUGCGGUUCCAGUUCGAUGAGAAUGUCAAUGCCUUCUGUGCAGGGCAGUACACAUGUAAAGAAGGCAAGAACAGCCCCUGCCUGGUGUACGUCAGCUUCAACCACAAGAUCUACGUCUACUGGAGGGUGGAGCUGGACCGAAUGGAGCCCACGAACCUGCUCCGAGUGCUGGAGGAGAGACCCGAGUUCAGGAGCCAGCUGAAGAAGCUCGGAGUCGAUGCUGAAGACCCAGCAGCGGUUCGAGAGCUGGUAGCUAAUGUGCUCUACAAAGAUGCACAGAAGAAACACACCGACACGCAUUAACAUAUUGCUGUUCUCAGUUUACCUCGGACUGUCAAUGAUGUAAAUACACUGUUAAUAAAGAGUGAAUUACUGUC